GAGCGCGGGAGUGUUGAAGAGCGGGAUCCGCUGCAGGUCAGACUAGAAAAUGACCUGCGCCACCAUGGAUGUUGAGGACAUUCACAAUGUCCUGUCCGUCAUGCAGAAGAACUUGGAAUGUCCCAUUUGCUUGGACCUGAUGAAGGAGCCUGUGGCCACCAGAUGUGAUCAUAUCUUUUGCAGGUUUUGCAUGUUUCAGCUUCUCGGCAAGAAGAAGAAAGGUCGGGCCCAGUGUCCUCUGUGCAAGAAAGAAGUUACUAAAAGAAGUCUCCAAGAUAGUCCUAGGUUCAAGCUCCUGGUUGAUGGUCUGCUGAAAAUUAUAAACGCCUUUGAGCUGGACUCUGGGUACAAAUUUUUUCCAAGUCAGGACUAUGCCAGUACUGUCGCAGCAAGCCAUAAAGAGACACUGAAAAAAGAUGACCAACCAGUGGUGCAGAGCACUGGGUACAGGAACCGAACCAGGAGAGGAAUAUUGAAUGGAGGACCUUAUGAAGACCACUUGUCCUUGCUGGAAACCAGCGCUGACACUCCGCUCGCGAGGGACGCAGACACGUGGAACUGUAAGCAAGCUAAGCGGCAGAAGAAAGACACCAAGCAGCUAAUCACAGACUUGGUGUCUGACUCCUCCGAAGAUGAUUUAUUCAAGAGAGCAGGCAGCUUGGGAAGUGUUGCUGGUGAACCAAACAUGUCAUGUGAGCCCCUAGUAUCCCUGGAUUCUGAGAAAAAAGAAGACUCCCUGAUGGCCAAUGAAGCAACUGAUCAGGUUCCUUCUAAGCUGGAGUCAGAAGAUGUGGCAGCAUCAGAUCUAGCUGAAUAUGGAUUUUCUGAAAGAGACCUUGAGAGCCUUAGAAGCAAUUUAUUGUCCAUAGAUGGCGUCCGAACCCUUAGAGAGUCGCCCAGUGAAAAGUCUGCAGUAGUUAGAGACCCUUUAUUAUCUGAUAAAGACUUUUGCCAAAAAGUGGCCGAACAAGGCUCACACGGAAAACUCGAUGAGAAUGUAGGAAGCUCAAAACUCACAGAGCACAAUGCCAGAAUGCAGAUACAAAGGCAACCGUCCAGUGAAAGUCAGACUUUGAAAAUUGCAAUUGAUUUUCAAUAUGAUCGAGAAGACUCUACCCCUGAAAACAUGGGUAGCACUCAGGGUAGUCCAAGGGAUGCCUCAUGUGCAGUGUCCAGAGAAAGGGUUAAGAAAAGUAUUAAAAAAGUCAAUGAGUGGCUACUGAAGACAGAUGAUCUUUUGUAUAAUUCAAGGGAUGUUGAGUUGCUAACUGAUGUCUCUCAGAUUGAAGAUCUGGAUGCUUCUGACAAAGCUUCCAAUGUGUCUGAUGAGACAGAAAUUAUGGCUGUGUCUCAUCGUCAUGUUGUGGCGGAUGCUGUUGAAAAGAGUAUGGUUCGUGCUGAGGAUAGGAUAUUUGGUCGAGUUUACAAACGAGAGAAAAAGCCAAGCCUAGUAGGUAAAGUGACAUGCGUUGCUGAUGUCCACGUAGAUGGCGUUGGGGGGUCCUUAAAAGUAAAUGAGGUUCCCAAAAUUGCCACUUUAAAGCCAAAAAGGAGUGCUGGUCUUCUGCCUGAAGAUUUUAUCAAGAGAGUUGAAGAAAAGGAAGGGAAUGGCGAUAGUAUUGUCAGUGGGGCAGUGGUUGUGGACGAUUUUGGGUUGGAUGUGGAAAUCAGUCAGCUGAAAGCCUCAAAUGCCUUAUUGGAUGCUGAUAAAAUAGAGGAGAUAGGUCAAGAUUUGGAAACCUUUUCGGAUGCUCAGUCAAAUAAACCAAAGAAGCAGAAGAAGCUCUUGAAAAGGAAGUCUGAGAAGACCAAACGCACGCAGACUCUCCAUUUGACUAAAGGAACAGAUCUAGACUCAUGCCAACAGCAAAGUCCUCAUUUAUCUGAAGUAAAAAUUGACAGCUAUCCAAGUAGCACUGAACUGGGGCAUGAAGUUAACCAGAAAAACGUUAGGCGGAGUAAAAGACUUAAUUUGUUCAAAGAAAAUGAUUUUCCCUUCUGUUCAAAUCAGAUGGUGGCAGUUAUGAAUAUUAACGACAAUAGUGCUGAGGGGCCGCUUAUCCAAAAUCCUCCAGACAACAUGCCUACCCUGGUCAACUGUGAAGAGCCAUGUUUAGAUUCUGCUGUGUUAGAAGACCCAGGACCCCAAAUGAAUGGCAAGUCACCAGAUGCAGUCCAAAAUGUGACCAUUGUAGUAAAUGGAAGUUCACACAUGAUGUGCGAUGCUCCUCAUGUGGCAAGAGAGAUGUGCAAUGGAUCCUCUCCAAUACCAGAGCAGGAUGCAGAACCUGUGGUAAACGCAGUGGAAAUGGAAGACUCUGACCUUGACACACAACUCCUGUUAAAGACAUUCAAAAGUGCCAAAAGGAUGUCCUUCAAACUAGAUCCAGUUACUGAAACUGCUAAUAAUGAGAAUUGUGACUUAAUGGACAUCUGUGAAAUUAACACCAGCUUAACAAAUAAACAACAGGGUAAAAAUGAAAAGGGCAAAUCUGAGGAAAGCCAAUGUAAUGGUCAAGAAAUCCAGCCUGAGCACUCAAGAAAGCUGAGAUCUAAAAAAAAAUCCAGAUUAUCUUCUAAACACAAUGGGAUGAGUUCAGCUGAGAACACAGAAAGCGUAAUCGUACUUACGACUAAGACUAUAAAAGCAGAUGACAAGUUAAGUGGUGGUAAUGACGUGGAGCCCCUUGAAAACUGUAAUCCUGGUAAAAAUGCUGCUGUAAGUAAGAUUAAGGGAUCGCCGUUGCUUUUAGAAACCGAAACGAUCUCUCUGUACCCUAUAGUUACUCAUCAAAAUUCUGCUGCAGCCAAGCGAGGAGACACUAGAAGUAGGACCGCUCAAGGAGAAAAUGAGCAAGCAAAGAACGAUUGUUAUCAGAACUGCAGUUUUGAUGAAGAGCAGGCAAAUCAAAUUACUUCUUCUAAUAGUUCUCAGGGGUCGUGGACAGGGAAACUACUAGGCCAUGCAGUGUCUCAUAAUGGAAGUCCUGAAGUUGACUCAGAGACGCCUGAUGGAUUGUUGGGUAGCGUUGACAGACUUCAAAAAGAUACAAGUUACUUUGCUGUAGCUGAAAAGUCAUUUGUCUUUGGAGCCGACAAGAAGUCACAAUUGCUUGACCGCCCUGUGUCUCCUGUCAUCCAGUCACAAGUUGUAAAAAGUCGAAAACGUAGAGUGCAAAAAUUAGAAUCUUCCGAAGAAGAGUCUAGUGGAGAUGAGGAGUUGCCUUGUUUUAACAGAUUAUUUGGCAACGCCUCCACUGUUGCUGACCCGAAAAAUACAUCUGCCAGUUCCUCACCCAAGCAGCAAGGUGGCGGUGUCCUGGCAAUGUUUAGUAGCUGCAGCACUAGUAGCAAAACUCAGACUAGCUUCCAUCUCCCACGUAACGCUUUGGUAUGUAGUCAGGAAUCUCAGUGUUCUGUGAAUUUGUUCUCUUCUCAGUCAAACACAUCUGAUCACUCUAUGAAUGGAGCCACCGGUACACACAACCAGCAUAUGACUCAGGAGAGUAGUCCAAAAAGAGCAAGGGUGGAAGUGUAUGGUAAUGAGGACAAAAUGACGAACGUGGAGAAUGAGGGAGAAGAAAUGACUAUUGUGGAGAAUGAUUGUGAAGACCCAUGCCAAGAAGCUAAUUUAGGUGACGUCUCUGGAUGCGAUAGCGAGGCCAGUCACACGGGGGACUCUUCUGGGCUGUCUUCUCAGUGUGAAGUCCUCAAUACACAGCAGCGGGAGGCCAUGCGAAACAAUUUAGAUACACUUCAGAGGGAAAUGGCUGCCCUGGAAGCGGUCUUGGAACAGCAUGGUAGCCAGAGUCCUGCUUCUGGGAGGAAGCAAGCAUCCACAGCGGAGCAUGUCACCAAGAGACCACAGGAGGCCCAGGAGAAACAAGUAGACGAUGAAGCUGAUCAAUCUCCUGACGCGAUCCCCGAGACGGCACAGGGUGCGGCAUCUGGUCUGCAAAGCGCCGAACACCCACCUCCAGUAGGAAUCCGGUCAAGGUCACCGACUCCACCUCUUAGCCUUCUUCCGAUGACAUCAAGGAAAGAGACUCCAGAGAGAAUCUGUGCUUCUUUCAAUGUGUUCAAAGAGCUGAAGGAAUCCACCUUAACAGAUGACGAAUCGAUGGGUCAGAAAGGAGUUCUCCAUUCUCAUGAGUCAGUUCCAGAUUGUGCACCGCCUGCAUCCAGCCUGAAAAAUUCCAAGUCUCCAAAACGAAACCUGAGGAGUAAACUGCAAGCAGCAAAUAGCCAUAGCACUUUCAGUAGCGGAAGCACUGGACAAUCGCCGCAGCAAUCAAGCAAGCAACCGGGUAGCACUCCAAGAAGCUCGUCGCCCACAUUUGCAUCACCCUUAAGGAGUAAAGUAGCUCCUUCAGUCAAGAGUCCUGUAGUUUCUGGGAAAAGAAACUAUUGUCUUGUGACAUCCGGCUUGAGUCAAGGUGAAGUGAUUCUGGUUCAGAAGUUUGCACGGAAAACCCAAAGCAUCUUUUCCAGCCAAAUGUCAGAAUUGACCACUCACGUCAUCAUGAAAACAGAUGAACAUCUUGUGUGUGAAAGGACUUUGAAAUAUUUUCUGGGAGUUGCCGGUAGAAAAUGGGUGGUUAGCUAUGAAUGGAUUGAACAGUCGUUCCGAGAGGGGAGAAUUCUUGAUGAGUAUGACUUUGAAGUGAAAGGAGACGUAAUCAAUGGAAGAAAUCAUAGAGGUCCCAGAAGAUCAAGACUAGGAUCAGAUGGACUGCUCCUGACAGACUUUGAGAUUUGCUGCCUUGGUUCUUUCAAAGAUAUGGCUAGAGAUGAUUUGGAGUGCAUGGUUUCAUUGUGUGGGGCAUCUGUGGCACGUGACCCAUCACAGUUUGAACAUAAAUCAGGGAUGACAUCUCUCGUGGUGGUCCAGCCAGAUAAAGAGACAGACUAUCCAGCCAUGAGGAAGAAGUACCGUUGUCUUGUGAUUACUCGUGAAUGGGUGCUGGACAGCGUGUCAAGUUAUAAACUUCAGGCAUUCGACAGUUACCUUGUGUGAUGUGAUGUGAUCCGCGCUUCUUUCCUGUGGAGACAUUUGAUUACGUUACCACAUUUUUUUUUUUUUUGUGGUCUUAAAGGGGUUUUCCCACAAGGGUUUACUAGAAAGGGGUCCCGAGCCUCCCGUUCCUCCUUGCUGCUUAAUGUAUGAAGUGGUUGUUGCGCAUGCAUGCAACCACAACAUUCAUUGUCUACGGGACUGAAUAGGAUAGUUGAGUACAGUGCUUGGCUGUUCCCGUCACCAUGUUAUUUGAAUGGAUAUUCCAGAGACCUUGGAUUCUUUUGAUCUGUGGGGACCCAGCAGUGUGGCCCCCAGCGAUCAGACAUUCAUCACCCAUCCUGUGGAAAAACUCCUUUUAAGAUUUGCAUGUCAUGAUUGAAAUUCUGCAUUUUGUGGGCAUUCCUUCAAGGUCCUUAAAUGAGCUUUCCCCCAAAAAUGGGUACCCUGUGUUAUUGCUUUGCGAUUCAAACACCGAAGAUGUCAGCCACUAGGCAUAAUACAGUUGUUCCUGGAAUGUC